GACCCUGUUAUAAUGAAUCCCAUGAAGAAUUUUGGGGGAUUGUUUGUGAUAUUUUUAUUAUCAUCUUCAGUGCACAGUCGCUAUGUGACCGAUGACUUCCUACUUUUCACGGACAGACUAAACGGAGUAAUAUGGCAAGCUGACCUGAUCCAGUGGAACUUACACGCCAUCUAUACCCAGUGUAAUAAUCCCAUAUCCGCAAGUUACGACCCAAUAGAGCAGAGGGUUUACUGGUCUGAAGUUGUCACCUUCGCUAAAAUAAGAAGAAUAAAUAUGAAUGGAAAAGAGCCGGAAGCGGUCUUUGAUUUCAUUAUUGGGAGCGUGCCGGACGCCGUUGCAGUCGACCAUAUUUCCCGCCUAUUGUACUACACCGAGGGCAUGUAUAAAACCAUUGGUGUGAUGAGAUUGGACGGAUCCCAGCACAAGAUCUUAUUAAGAACUGGAUUGGAUAAGCCAAGAGCGAUGACGUUGGAUCCAGUUAAUGGGUAUUUACGAGGGUUUCCCCCAGUUUUUUAG